UCUGACAUUUACCUCAAUAACUCAAAAAUUUACAAAAAGAUGAUGCAAUACCUGCAUUUACAAUACAUAUAAAAUAAGGCCCGUAUGUCAAUUUGUGACAAUUCUACGGUAUAUAAUUUUACAACUGUUAAUUGUCUAAUCAAGAAUUAAUUGUAAUUUCAUAUUAGUCAGAGUCUUGCCUUACUUCUGUAAAUAAAUGUUCUUCCGUUGCAUUUAUAUUUGAUUCAUAUGUCAUAAAUGGCCCUUAAUUGUUUUAAGAAAUAUAAGGGCACAUCUAUAUAAAUAAAUAAUAAUCUCGUAAAAUUUGGUUGCAAUGUCAGUUUUAAAUAAUGGUCAUCAGUGUGUUGAACCCCAGGAUCUGACACAAGCACAUGACCAUUUUACCUUGUUGACAUUCCAUAUCACUACCUUUAAGCGCCCCCGGGGACGUUACAUUUUGCACAAAGUGUGCGUUUAUUUCUGUACCAAAAUAAAAAAAUUAUAUUAGAGAUUUGAAAAAGAACUAUGUUGUUUUCUACUACCUAAAAAUGUCAAGUCCGCUACUUCCAAAGUAUUUACGCUUAGUUAAAUCCUGCAACAAAAUAAAUCCGUUACCAAUUUCAGUUGAGAAUUAAGAGUAAAUACGGCAAAUAAUCAAUGUCCACGUGUAGUGUACCGUUCGAUGACUGAAUUUAUUAUAUACAAUUAGAGGGUCGCAAUGGGGUUUGUUUCCAAUAUUGACCAUGCAUUCGAAGGUAACGACGUAUGUUAACCUUUGUGACAAAUAAGAUGUUUGGCAUGAUUCCAAAAAAGCCAUUUUCUGUUUCGGGUUUAGUAACAUCUAAUCCGCGGAGCGCGUUCAGUCAGAGAGUCGCCUCAAUUAGGAAAUAAUGAUUUUAACGUCAAAGGUUAUUUCUAAGGUCACGGAGUUUGAUUGGCCAGCUUAUAAUUACAACAGCUUUCUGGCUCAGUUGCUCAGUCAAGUGUGACUUACCAAUUCAAAGUGUGUGUGUGUCUGUGUGUCUGUGUGUGUGUGUUCGGGUUCAACGUCUUUUUCAACAAUUUUUCAGUCAUAUAAACGUCGGUGUCUACUUGUAGCAGUGAGCACAAUGCCCAUCUUUUUAGUGCUGCCUCAUUGGAAUAUCAUGCCGUAGGCACAUGGCAUGAUACCCUACACAGUCACAUUAUACUGACACCGGGCUGACCAGUCCUAGCACUAUCCUCUUAAUGCUCAGUGCCAAGCGAAGCAGCUACUAAUACCUUUUUACGUCUUUGGAAUGACGCGGCAGGGGAUCGAACCCACGACCUCACACAGCGGACGCUGUACCACUAGUCUACCGAGGCGGUGUUCAAGAGAAGGAACAACAGUUGUUUAAUUGUCUAAUCAAGAAUUAAUUGUAUUUCAUACCAGUCAGAGUCAUGCCUUACUUCUGAAAUGAAAUGUUCUUCCAUUGCAUUUAUAUUUGAUUUAUAUGCCAUAAAAGGCCCUUAAGUGGUUUAAGAAGAAUUACAUUCUAUGAUUAUCUAUUAUUUUCUAUUAUACGUUAUAUAAUGUUACAACUGUUAAUUGUCUAGUCAAGAAUUAAUUGUAUUUUCAUAUCAGUCAGAGUCAUGCCUUACUUCUGUAAUAAAAUGUUCUUCCGUUUCAUUUAUAUUUGAUUUAUAUGCCCUAAAUGGUCCUUUAUUGGUUUAAGAAAUAUUGUAUUCUAUGAUGUUCUAUUCUAUUGUAUUGUAUUCUAUUGUAUAUAAUACUACAAUUGUUAAUUGUCUAAUCAAGAAAUAACUUUUGUUUUAAAUUUAAUAUAUGAAGAAGUAUGCAUAUUUUCGCGAAAAAUGAUACAUUUUGAGACGGUCCUCCGACGAAAUUGUCGGCGGUAAAUUUAUACAAGUUACAUAUCGGUUUAGAUAAUGUUUGAAUUUAAUUUAUAAAAGUUAUUUCAUUAAAAUAUCUUGUGUUUGGAACAUUCUACAAUUAUUUGAAGUUAAUGAAAAACAUGGACAUUUUACGUACGGAAAAGUGCGGAAAUACAGCUUUUUAUCUUAACCUUUCACCGGUAGACGGGCGACAUGCGAUACGACAUAAUAAAAAAGUCGCUUCGUAUUGUCGAGUGUCACUUCGCGUGUCGUGUAUCGUUUGGAAUUUUCGCGCGUCGACCCUCACACAAACCCGCGACACGCGACAUACGAUACGAUAUUUGGAAACGUUGUCGAGCGUCGUUUUUGAUUAUCGUAUGUCGUUUGAUAAUGUCGCCGUCGCGUUUGGAGGGUCGACACAAGACAACGCGAAGUGACAUCGCGACAUUACGAAGUGACAUAGCGACAAUGCGAUAUGACGCUCGAUAACGCGAAGUGACAUCGCGAUAUAUCGUGCUUUUGAAAGGCGACAUUUCAAAGUGGAUAUCGCGACAUUGUCGUUUGGGAUUGUCGCCGUUGUUUGCGAUUGUCGUGUGUCAUUUCGUAAUGUCGCUAUGUCAUUUCGCGUUGUCGUGUGUCGACCCCACAAACGCGAAGGUGGCAUUAUAAAUGGCCCCAACAGGAUUCCGUAACUCGAAGACAAUAUUUCGUUCCAGUUACACUUCAAGCUAACAUUUCAAAUAACUCCAUUUAACUCUAAAAGCUAAGAUUAUUACAGUAAAUAUAUUCCAUUCAAAAUAAUUUCAUAAGUCAGGAUCAAUAUAACAUGUACAUUUAAAACAUUCAUUUUCUGUUAAAUUGAUUUUGACUAAUGAAAGUAUUUGCUUCUUAGUAACAUUCUUAACUUUUGCCGGAUAUAUUUUUUUUUUGCCAUUCCUCGCCACAAACCCUUUCGGUGGGGAUACCAAUUCAUCGAAUUUGCUUGUUAUUUUUAUUUUCUGUCGCUUUGUUUUGAUUUUAAGCAAAUAUUUGGAUGCGUUUUUGAAAAUGGGCCUAUGACUUGUGAAAGUCUAAAACGUAUUAAGUGACUUAAAUCUUUAUGUGAAAAGAACAAUAAAUUAAGUUGGUAUAUGUUAACAUUUAGUCAAUUUCCAAUGUGCCGUGUUUCACAAUUUUAGGACAUUAUUAUCAUGUAUGUGAUAAGAUUUUAAGUAUGCAAUCUUUUGACCUAAUAAAUGCGAUUAACAACGAAAGAGGUAGGUUUUCUACUCGCUUUUAGUAUCUGAAAUGUCCAUUUGUUUUUCAUAAUUGAACAUCUGCCUAGACUAAAUAUAUUUUUAUUACUGUGAGAACUAAACUUUGUAUUAUUUCAAAAGUUUAAUUGUCAGUUAAAAUAGGUUUAAAUUUUGUAUUUUGCUCUCAUAGAUAUUAAAACAAUUACAUUUCAGUCACCAUGAAGUUUCUUCGAAUUUUAGUCUUGAUAGCGUCAGCCGCUUCGACCAUUCCACCGGAUAACACUGGCAGCGAAUUCGUUUUAAUGUUUAUCGAAAACAUGAAAAUAGGCAGUCAAGUAUUCCCUCUAGAGCUGUAUUGCACUACACAAGAGAAGAAACAAGUAAAUGUUCAUAUUUAUUCGCCUAAAUGGACUUCUCCGAGAGUUGAUGAGACAUUUACGGUAAACGAAGGCCAAGUUCAUAAGACUUUAGUUGAUUCAGAGCUACAAAUGGUUGGAAGUUGUGUUUCCUCAAAGUCGAUUCUUAUCCAAGCAGAUGCAGAAAUUGCGUGUUACGGCGCUAACAAGCAAACAUUGUCAAACGAUGUGUACCUUGCAUUACCAGUCGAUGCUCUUGGCACCGAUUAUUACGCAAUGGCAUAUAGUCCUGCAUACGUCAAAACACAACUUGGUAUAGUAAGUACGGUUGAUUCAACAAAUGUCAAGGUCACGUUACCGGUCGGUCGUGGAAACGUAGAUGUGUCGUUCAAAGGGAUAACGUACCAUGCUGGAGAUGUUAUCAACAUCCCCGUGCAAAAAUAUGAUACUAUACAAUUACAGAGCAGUGGGGAUCUCACAGGUGCUCACGUUGAGAGUAACAAACCUGUAGCAGUAUUUAGCGGUAACGUGAAGACAAAUGUCGGCAAAGGUGCUUUCAUGGACCAUCUUGUAGAACAGCUAAUAUCGUCUGACAGAUGGGGUCAAAAUUUCGUUACUGCUCCUAUUCCAGGAAGAACGUCUGGUGAUGUUUUUAAAGCGGUCGCUAGGGAAGACAAUACUGUGAUCAACGUUCCUAGAAAAACACUUAUUAACUUAAAUAAAGGAGGCGUUACAACGUUUGAAUUACCGUCCGACCAAUACAGCUAUAUAACAUCGACAAAGCCUAUCAUGAUCGCACAGUUUGUAAAGAGUCAGCAGCGCUCAUCAGAGCCUACUGAUCCAUCUAUGAUUAUGAUUACCCCGAACGAACAAUUUGGAUCUGACUGCACUUUUGCCACACCUGAAUAUUCGCAUCCGGAAUACGGAAACGAUCAGUUAUUUCAGUACAAGAACGAAUUCAUGAUUGUCAUUAAGAAAUCUUAUAUACAGGGACUCAUUUUAGAUGGUAAUCCUUUCCCAAAAACGAAUUGGACGGAUGUACAAGGUACAGACUUGGUCGGGUCCUACGUAACCCUGUCCCGCGGACCACAUAAUGUGCGACAUUCAUGCCCGUUUUCAACUUUUGGAGGCUACCUGUACGGUCAUGCCUACCAUGAAUCGUACGGUUUCCCUACAGGAAUGAGAGCUGCAAUUAUAUACUCUAAUUGUACACUUGCUACCUGUGCGAGUUUACCAGUUCAUGGUAAAGACUGUUGUGAAAAUAUAGAGUCAAGCAGCCUUGCGUCAGUCGCUUCGACCAUUCCACCGGAUAACACUGGCCGCGAAUUCGUUUUAAUGUUUAUCGAAAACAUGAAAAUAGGCAGUCAAGUAUUCCCUCUAGAGCUGUAUUGCACUAUACAGGAGAAGAAACAAGUAAAUGUUCAUAUUUAUUCGCCUAAAUGGACUUCUCCGAGAGUUGAUGAGACAUUUACGGUAAACGAAGGCCAAGUUCAUAAGACUUUAGUUGAUUCAGAGCUACAAAUGGUUGGAAGUUGUGUUUCCUCAAAGUCGAUUCUUAUCCAAGCAGAUGCAGAAAUUGCGUGUUACGGCGCUAACAAGCAAACAUUGUCAAACGAUGUGUACCUUGCAUUACCAGUCGAUGCUCUUGGCACCGAUUAUUACGCAAUGGCAUAUAGUCCUGCGUACGUCAAAACACAACUUGGUAUAGUAAGUACGGUUGAUUCAACAAAUGUCAUGGUCACGUUACCGGUCGGUCGUGGAAACGUAGAUGUGUCGUUCAAAGGGAUAACGUACCAUGCUGGAGAUGUUAUCAACAUCCCCGUGCAAAAAUAUGAUACUAUACAAUUACAGAGCAGUGGGGAUCUCACAGGUGCUCACAUUGAGAGUAACAAACCUGUAGCAGUAUUUAGCGGUAACGUGAAGACAAAUGUCGGCAAAGGUGCUUUCAUGGACCAUCUUGUAGAACAGCUAAUAUCGUCUGACAGAUGGGGUCAAAAUUUCGUUACUGCUCCUAUUCCAGGAAGAACGUCUGGUGAUGUUUUUAAAGCGGUCGCUAGGGAAGACAAUACUGUGAUCAACGUUCCUAGAAAAACACUUAUAAACUUAAAUAAAGGAGGCGUUACAACGUUUGAAUUACCGUCCGACCAAUACAGCUAUAUAACAUCGACAAAGCCUAUCAUGAUCGCACAGUUUGUAAAGAGUCAGCAACGCUCAUCAGAGCCUACUGAUCCAUCUAUGAUGAUGAUUACCCCGAACGAACAAUUUGGAUCUGACUGCACUUUUGUCACACCUGAAUAUUCGCAUCCGGAAUACGGAAACGAUCAGUUAUUUCAGUACAAGAACGAAUUCAUGAUUGUCACUAAGAAAUCUGAUAUACAGGGACUCAUUUUAGAUGGUAAUCCUUUCCCAAAAACGAAUUGGACGGAUAUACAAGGUACAGACUUGGUCGGGUCCUACGUAACCCUGUCCCGCGGACCACAUAAUGUGCGACAUUCAUGCCCGUUUUCAACUUUUGGAGGCUACCUGUACGGUCAUGCCUACCAUGAAUCGUACGGUUUCCCUACAGGAAUGAGAGCUGCAAUUAUAUACUCUAAUUGUACACUUGCUACAUGUACCUGUGCGAGUUUACCAGUUCAUGGUAAAGACUGCUGUGAAAAUAUAGAGUCAAGCAGCCUUGGUCAAGUAACGAAUGUUACAACAUCGCAUGCGACCAACACAGUAUCAACACAAGUAACAAUAGCAUCAGUAACUACAAAACUGUCAACAAUAUCAACAACUCAACCACCAAUAACAAAAGCUACUGUAACAACAACGAAAGCAAGGGCACCCAGUACAAUACUUGCUGCAUCAACCAGCCCUCCGCCGAAAACAUUACCACCAACUACAACUACAUGUGCAGUGUGUGCUGGUCCAAAGUUUCUCUGUGAAAAGCUGUAUGCCCCUACCCCAUGUCCUCCACCAAACAACUACUGCAUUAAUACUAUAAGAAACCACAAAGAUAGGACAAAAGCAGUCGACAGAGCAUGUGGUAGUUUUGACACGUGUUACCGUGAAUGGUUCCUAGGAUCCUCGGACAACGACAAAUGUCGAAAAUUGAGAGAUAAUUAUGAGCAGCGACUCGACUUCCAGUGCACAUUUUGCUUAUUAAAGACAACUGUAACACCCCACUGCACCCAGCAGACGACACCUUGUACAAACCCGUGUAAUGAAGACAUUGUACACACAGUGCUUGUAUUUUAAUUAAUGUGUUGCAAACAAUUCGUUAUUAAAGAAAUAUUCAGCGUGUUAUCGUUCAUGAUGUUAUAUAAGCGUUCUGACUACAGCCACCGAGUUGAAUGUAGGCAUGCUCUGCUCCGGAAUCCUUAACUGAAAUCGCCAUGAAAA